AUGGAGCAUUCAGAUGAAAUGUCUGAACAACAACCUGUCGCCGACACAUUGCCUCUCGAACGACCAGUCGUUGUGCGCAGUGACCCGUUCAAAGACAUUAGGCCUUUCAUUGAACACUUGUGGAUAACUCGUACCAACAUGUGCCGCAACCUCUAUCCUGACGAAUUCCCGCGCGGCACCAAGGAGAAACACGCUACCAAGGAACAAGAGGACGAAUUCAUACUCCGCCAUUUCUCUGCCGAUGAUCUUCACGAGCAGGGCGGUCGGUUUUUGAAGCAGGUCCUCUACUCUAUCGCCAAGUACAAUGAGGAUAAUGUUCUGAGCCGCGCUGCAGCUUGGGCAGAGCAGUACGAGUCAUUCUACGCCAACCCUGGCAUGAGCGUAUCGCAAAUCAGAAACGUCCUUGAUGAACAUCAGGGUGCCUACUUUCCCGACUCGUUCCUCAGCCGCGCCGUUUUGGUCAUCAACUACGCCCUCAAGCAUUUGCGCGACAUCCAGGACAAGGAAUCCACUAAUGGCACUGCCACUGAGCGUGUUUCCCCUCCGCAUGCUGCUAUUCGGCCGAGAUCAGGCCCUGUAGAAGUACCGCAACAUGAGCAGGCAUUCUUUGAUGCUGCACGUCAAGCUUCAUUCGUUCCCGGUCAUCUUGCAUCGAAUACGCUGCCACCUUCUGUGCAGAACCAUCAACAAAACUACAUGGCUGGCCCGCCUCAAAGCGAACAUAUUCGACACGGUCCUUCGCUUCUCCAUGGCCAAUCUCGUGGCAAUCGCGGUACCCCACGCCAAUCUCAAAGACAGGAGAACCGUGGUCGUCAUCGUCGUUCGUCUGGAAGCAUGCAUUCUCCUCAACUGCCCAUGGGUCCAAUGGUACCCUUGCAGCAGAUGAUGCCCAUCAACACCGCCACCGGUUUUCCCGAUUUCGAUCCUAGUGUUUCUGGCUUUGUGGAUGCUCCUCCUGGCUAUUCACCGGCUUCAUAUCAGAUGCCACUCGACGAUCGUUUCGCACCACUCAACAUGCACGCCAACGCAGACUACUACCCUCCAAUCUCAUAUGUGCGUGCGCCUAAGCCUCGUAUGCUUCUUUCAAAUGGUUACGCUGGGGACCUCGAUACGCAUUUCCAGCACCAGAUUCCUGGAUCUUUUAAUCAGCAUGACUCCCGAUCUAGCUUUCAGGCUCCCAACAGUCCUAGGAUAGUUGAUCCGCACUCUUUCUCUCGCUUCCCCGACGAAAGAUACUCUCACCAGCGUCCCCAUGUGUCUUACGGCUCGAGAGGUGGUCACCGCUCUUCCUUCAACUCUGGCAGAAUACGUCGCUCAUCAGUUCGUUCAGGGGACGGCUGGCAGGGUCAGAGAGAAAGCAGACCCUUUGAAGGUCCUCAGAGGAGGGCCCAUUCCGACCGUGCCUACUUGGCUCAAGAACGCAGGUAUGAGAUGAGAGAGAACCGAUCCCAGUCAGAUAUAAGCGGUGAACAUGGCUACCCGCCCCAGAGGAACCAGAGACAGCCGCAGGCCUUCUCUUCGGUACCGGAUACCGAUCCUGACUGGAGCUGCGGCCCUGACUUCAUUGGCCAACGCCGAGUGGAUAUCAACACGCUUGUCAUGACGAAUCUUCAGCCGGGAUUUUCUGUGAGUGCUCUUGAAAAGUAUAUCACAAGCGUGGUGAAUCACAAGCGGGUGGCUGUAAGACAUAACAACCCUCCUACGUCGAUUGCGUUUGUCAGAUUUCCCACCCACGCCGAUGCCAACGACGCGCUUGGAAUCAGAAGCAUGACCUUUGAUGGCGUUCCCGUCACCCUCAGAGUUCCUUUCAAGUUCUGGAAGGCGACCGACAAUAAAUACUUUCCACCUGCUCAAGCGAGACAGUACAUAGAGUCUGGCGAUUGGUACCGUUCGAGAAUCGGGAACCAUGGAUUCUCUGUAAGUGAAAACUAUCAGCUGCAGGAAUCCGGCAUGUCAGAGCAUUCUACAGCCAAUUCGGAGGCCGCAAAUCAACCUCCGACCUCUCAGUUCGUUUCUACCAACGAGAGAUGCGAUCCAAACCUGAGUGCCCCGGUCUUCGAGGAAAGCGCUACCAGCGACGUCGACGAUACGGGUGCUCCAUUUGGCGGCUACAGUGGACCUGUGCUGCCUUCGUUGUCAGAAGCCAGCACGCCUCGAAAAUACUCUGCAGUGGCACAAAACAUCCUGGAUGCAGGUGUUGACGAUGAGCAAGCCUCUCAGACCGGUCCCCUGUCUGUAUCAGAUGUCACAUCGACCGGAGCGACACCAGUCGUCGAAGAUGUCUCAGUCGAGUCAGCAAGCCCUUCUACACAACGUGCAUCGUCACCUCUGAAUGCUGCCAUGAUCGAAAAAUGUCAGGUCAACAAGGAGUCACCAUCUGAAGACUACUCAUCUGUCUCAGACUCUAACAAGCGAGGAGAUAGCUCGCCAAAGGAGGACGCCGACGACAGCUUUCAGACCGCUGCCGAAACGCCUGAGCCAUCAACCAGAAUCAUCACACCUCGAUCUACGCCUGCCGAGGCUGAAAAGUCUGGGUUUGAAGAGACCUGUUAUGCAACACCUACUCUCAAGUUGCCGGCGGAGAAGGCAAUCUCUACAACACACUCUUCUGCCAGCAUCACAGAGAGCGACGACAAUGCCAGCAUCUCGACUGCUAGCCAAUCCUUGGCAUCGUCCUUGCAAGCAUCGGACAAGACUGCCACCUUGCGGUCAGGUCCGAAGCAGACUGAAUCUUUGAGUCCUUUUGCACGGCAGGCACAAGCUAAGAAGAAGGAUCGCAGAUCAAAAUCUGUCAAGUCAAAGAAUAAGACCAAGACUGAUCUGGAGCAAGAAGAACCGGCAAAGGCUGGCGCUACCAUCUCUGCAAGUCUUGCAGAGUAUGACGAGAAGGAUGGGUCGCAACCUCUCAAGUCGGAGCAGAAAUCCGAGACCGAGCCAGAGCAGUCUAAGCAAGUCAAGGUCGAGAUUCCAACUCACGCCGGUCCCACGGGAGAUGAUACGAAGCAUUUGAAGAAUGAUGUAUCAGAGCCAGCCGACCCAGAGAAGGAGACUAAUGUUGGCCCGAUAAAUCUGGAGAAAGCCGAGACCGAUUUCUCAAAGAUCAAGACUGUAUUGCAGGGAUCGAAGAAGGCUGAGAUCAACACGCCGUCCGACACCAUUAUCAGGGACAAGCGUGCAGUGCACAGCGAGAAUACUGACCCACGCAAACCGAAGGUUACAGUGGAUGAAGAGAAGCAUGGGGCGCCCAACGCCCUGCAGACUCGCGAAAUCGUUUCGAAGGGUGAUCAGAAGACCAUCUCGACCUUGUCUUCAGUGACCGCACUUCUUACUGGUGCCCUUAGUAGCAUGAGCUCGAGCAAGUCCAAGGCUGAGGAGCUUACUGCACAAACUUCCACCACAACUCAGUCGGAUGAUGGAGGAUCAACAGCUGUCACACAGCCUGGAGUCAUAACUUCAACGACAACCAAGAAGCCCAAGAAGAACAAGAGAAAGAAGAAGUCCAAGAAUACCGCACCAGUCCGCGAAGAAGACGUCUCUUCGACAGAAACUCUGGCACAUGAAACACCUGCUGGAUCGCCCAUUUCUUCGAAGGCGUCUGCUCAGCCCCACUAUCCCACCGGAGGCGCCUUGUGUGAGCGUACAAACAUGCUGGACAACACCUUGUCGAGCCUGGGCAUCACAGAGGGAUCUGUUGUCGAACUAGGUCCGAACAGCGUAGGCUACCGUGCCACUAAUGCCGGCAGCACAAGAGAGAAUCUCAACCUCAGAGGCGUCGAAGGUGAAGUAGAAAAGUCCAGACGUAAGAUGCAGGAGAUGGCGGAGAAGGAAGCACUGCUGAAGAUGAGAAAGGGUUGA